AUGGAAAAUAAUAAGAAUUCAGAAGUUGUGGCAAAAAAACCAUAUGAAGUUGGUCCUUCAUUUGCUUUACCCUCGUUCAAAAAGAAUACAAGUGCAGCAAUAACAAACGAUAAGAAAGUUUCUGUUUGGACCCUUUCUAAUGUUGACAAUGAAGAAGAAACAUUGGAGAAUGAAGACGAGUUAUUGGACGAAGAAGAUUUAAUUAAACCGGACAAGAGUCCUGAUUGUGAAACUAGCGGAAAACGUAAAGCAUGUAAAAAUUGUUCAUGUGGUCUUGCUGAAAAAUUAGAAGAAGUUAAAGUUCCUGAAUUUACUUCAUCUUGUGGAAAUUGUUCUCUUGGUGAUGCUUUUCGUUGUUCAACAUGUCCUUAUCUUGGCACACCAUCAUUUGCACCUGGUGAAAAAGUUACAUUGGCAGGAAAUUUGAUGCAAGAUGAUAUUGAGGUUUAG